UGAGAAGCGUAGUGCCAAAGAAAAAACAAAGUCCAGUUGCUUUUUGAAAAAGCACCUUUGGGAAAUAUCAUAAAAAAGAUUAUAAAUUGUACUCAUAUGAAUAUGGGAUUCUGCAGAUGACUAGUUGUUGAGCAUCUGAAAUGAGGCCACAUAACCAUGGGAGGUGCUGGUCUUUGUAAGUGGAUGAGAAGUACCUUUAAAGGUUCCAUUGCAACAUUGAAUGGCUGCUAAGCAACUGGCUUAGCACUCAAGCACUACAGAAGUCAGAAGUUAGACAAAUUAAAGCCCUCCUCUUUGUUCUUAAAGGUUGGGUUACCGAACACUUGAAAUGUUCAGUCAGGUGAUCCAAUUUUUUUAAAUUUCAAAAUAUGUUGGCUUGAAUUCAGAUCAGUCAUUCUGAUCAUACUGGAGAUAUUCUGUGUUUCAAGCAACAUGACGUCUUUUUUUUAAAGUGAGAAUUUGAUCUUGAAAUACUUCUGGAAGGGUCAGAACAACUGGAGCAGAGUGUUUCAGGUUCAAAAUGUUUCAUGCAUCCAUAAUGUUUCAUGCGUUCCUAAUGCUGGACAGGUUAAGCAUCAUCAACCUUAGAGUUUUUCUUUUGGGAAGAGAAGAAGCCAUUAUGGAAAAAGAAACAUGCGGGGACAUCCAUGAAUUCUGUGUCUCACCGCUUAAUCCAACUGGCUUUAGGGAAUUGUCUUUCAUCUCUGUUUCAAAGACUUUGGCCACUACAAAGACAAUGUCAUUGGGAGCCCUGGCAGCUGGUGUUGCUAUAUCCUCUUCCCUUGUGAUACUCAUUUCUAUCACCCGGGCAAAACAAAGCUUGUUCUAUUAUUUCUUCUCUCAAUUUAUCUUUCAUCGCUCAACUAUCCCAGUAAUUUUAGGAACCUGGAAUGCCCCCAAGAGGGUAAGGAAAGCUGACAAUAGCCAGGAUAAUCCCUACUGCCUUUUGUCUUUGUGCAGUUGUUGGGGCAGAGGUGAGAGCAACAAAUGUCUUCAGCUAUGUUUUCUAAAGAAGGCUGGCUCCACUCUGUGAAGUUGUGUUUCCUUCCACUCUCUGGCCAUCUUUUCAGUACUUCUCAUUUUGCUCUCUGUGUUUAGAUUUCUGUAGGUUUUGAGAAUGCAGAGAUUUUCGUUAUAGGUUCAAUAAUUGGGCAAUCAAGUUUCAGCAUGGAGUAUUCAAAUGCAUUCAGUUUUCUCAUCAUUGCUCUAAGCUACAAUGAGACGAUUAUAGGAAAGAUUUGGUUAGCAGUUGUGAUCUUCCUACGAUUUAUGGUGAUAUUUUUAGCGGCCUAUCCUCUCUAUCAAGACGAGCAAGAACGCUUCAUCUGCAACACACUGCAACCAGGAUGUUCCAAUGUGUGUUAUGAUCUUUUUGCUCCAGUAUCGCACUUUCGGUUCUGGCUGAUUCAUAGUAUGUCUGUCCUCCUUCCUUAUGUUGUUUUUGGUGUCUGUAUAUUACAUGGUGUGGUCAGACACAUUGUAAAAGCCUCUUCCUCCCCUUAUUCUCAGUACAAAGAAAUUAAGCCUUUAUCUGGCUGCAAAAUUACAAAGGACUCCAAAAGUUCAGCGAAAAAGAGAAAAAUUGGCAGGAGAAAUGAAAUGGCUGCCCUGGAUUUUUCCAGGGCUUAUAUAGUUCAUCUGAUUAUGAGAAUAUUGAUAGAGGCUGGCUUUGGAACUGGUCAGUACUAUCUCUUUGGGGUUUUUGUUCCAAAGCGUUUUUCCUGUGACCGCUUUCCUUGCAUGAGUUUUGUUGAUUGCUACAUUUCCAGACCAACUGAAAAAACCAUCAUGAUGCUUUUCAUUUGGGGGCUUGGGGGCUUCUCCUUUCUUCUUAGUCUUGUUGACCUAAUCUUUGCUUUGCGGACCAGUGGGUUAAGAAAUCGUAGAAAUAAGCUUCUGUUGCAAAAGUUCAACGCAGAAGAGGAAGGUAUCCCUGACCUGCAGCAAGAUGACCAUCCAGGCAAUAUUCAUCAUGGAAGCAUGCCCGCCCCCGAGGGCGGUAUGAAAUGCUUGCUUGCUUGUAAGGCUACAGAAGACUGUCCUUUUCCACCCACAAUGACCCUUCAACAGAUAAUUGGUUCUCAUCUCAACAGUAACCAAAAUAAGGUAUGUAAUGAAUCUUCCAAUCAAGAUUUGCUUUUCAAUGAAGCCAAACAGCGGGAGAAUCCAUCUGAGCAAUCAAGACAUGAGCACCAGUCCUACUUUGUAAAAGAACCCUUGGCUUUUAAAUCCCAAGAGGUGUGCCAUCAUAGUUCUCAUUCAUUUACAAGUUACGACAAGCCCUCAGUUCAUUAUUCUACUCUGGAGAGAAAGUCCUCUGAUACUCCAUCUGUCUGUGAUAGUUCUGAGUACUCAAAAUCCAAAAAAUCUGAAUGGGUAUAGAAAAAACAGGAACCCAUAUGGUAAAUGGCGAGGUGGGGGGAAUCUCAUGGAUCACAAAAUGAAAAGUGUCAUCAUUAUGCUUACAUUAUAAUUAACUGGAAUUCUUUAGUUGAAAGAAGGGUUUUGAAAGAGUGUAUUUCAAUAUUAAAUGAGGCUUUGGAAUGGGAUAAAACAGCUAUUCCCAGAAACCUGUAAGGAUUCUUUGUGAUACUCACUCCACUAUUUCUGUUGCUUGGUAUGUAUUUAUCAAAUGCAAUAGAAUUUAAGUGGUACAUUUCCUCCUCAUUGUUGGAUGAGAAACUACUCAAAUUCAUUGUUUUAAAGGGGAAAAUGGAAAACUAUAGGGGGAAAAUUAAAAGGGAAAAAUAUUUGUGUUCACUUUUGUAUCAUGGUAUGACACAUUGAAAUCAUAGUCUCACCUUUUAUGAUAUUACUGUCCUGUCAUUAUGGCUUUUGCAUGAAGAAAAGGCCCUAAUUGCAACCCUCACUGAAAAUAAAACCUUCCCCAUUGAAAAUCCUGUUCUGUGUAUUCUCACCUGGUUAGAGCUACAAGGAAGGGGGGAAGGGGGUAUCUAUUUAUGGAAUUCUCCACAUAUACCGUAAUCCUGGGGUAGUAUGCCUUGUUCCAUAGGUAAAGGUUAUGGUUCCCCUCACACAUAUGUGCUAGUUGUUCCUGUCUCUAGGGGAUGAUGCUCAUCUAAAAGAGCCGAGG